AUGUCCCAAGGUACUGCUGAAAAAGAACAACAACCCUAUGAGGUUCUAAUAAAUGGCCGUUUGUAUGAUUGCCGUGAUUUCAAACAUCCAGGUGGGAGUAUUCUUCGAUUUUUCUCUGGAUCUGGGGAUGCCACAGAAGCUUUCUUGGAGUUUCACGAAAGACUACCAAAGGCAAAAAAACUUUUGCAGAUGCUUCCCAAUCGUGUUGCCUCCCAAACAGGUGGUGCAGAUCCAAAGGAAACUGCCAGAUUAGAAAAACUCUCACGUGAUUUCCGUAAAUUACAUGAUGAUUUACGUCAAGAAGGUCAUUUUAAAGCAUCUUAUUUUCGAGCAAUAUAUUUAUUGACUGAAGUAAUUAUAAUGCAUGCGAUUGGGUUAUGGAUUCUUAUGAAUACAAAGUAUUGGAUUCCAGCGUGUAUUAUACUUGGCAUCGCAGAAGGUCGCUGUGGUUGGAUUGAACAUGAAUGUGGACACUACAGUUUCUUUGGAAUUUCCUGGCUUGAUAAGAAAAUUCAGGAGAUAUGUUAUGGUUUGGGAGAUGGGAUGAGUGCUGCCUGGUGGCGCACACAACAUAAUAAACAUCACGCGGCCCCACAGAAACUUCGUCACGAUGUGGAUAUUGAAACUCUCCCUCUCGUUGCAUUUAACAGAGUUGUGGCAAAGCGAGUGCGAAAGAACAAAUUGGCACGUCGUUGGAUAUCAUGGCAAGCGUAUCUCUUCGCACCAGUUACAACCUCUUUGGUAGCUUUAUACUGGCAACUCUACUUGCAUCCGAGGCAUAUGAUUCGAAGGAGAUGUUACACCGAAAUGAUUUCUGUACUUUGUCGAUGGUUCUGUAUUAUUGCUAUUUGCUAUCAUAUGCAGUUCACAGUUUUACAAAGUAUUGGUGGUUAUCUAUUUCUUCAAUCUUUUGGUGCUAUUUAUAUAUUUGUUCAAUUCUCACUCUCGCAUUCACAUCUUGAUGUACUUUCAGCCAACGAACAGAUCCAUUGGGUAGAACAUGCUUCUAUUUACACUAUGAAUAUUUCUCCUCAUUGGAUGACCAAUUGGUGGAUGGGCUAUUUAAAUUUCCAAAUUGAGCAUCACUUGUUUCCUUCUAUGCCACAGUUUCGUUUCGCAAAAAUUUACCCUCGUAUUCGCGCUUUUUUUAAAGAAAAUGGUCUGAAGUAUGACUCCCAACCCUAUUUUGAAGCGUUGAGGAUGACAUUUAAAAAUCUUAAGCAAGUUGCAGCUAUGUUUGAUGAACCCCCUUCUCAAGAAUAG